AGAGAGACAGAGAGAGUCUCGGAUGGAGAGAUCAGUUCUGAGAUUCAGUUACUGGUUUUAAGAAAAUUAGAGGAGGAAAGGGAGAGAAGGGGAAUUCUCCAAAUCUUUCUUCUCUUUUCUUUCUCUUUUCUCUCCUCCCUCUCUCUUUCUUCCUUUCUCAUCUCUCCCCUGUGUUCCUUCUGCCUUAGCAGAACUUAUGUGGCUGGGAUGCGGGGGCCCUCGGGUGUCAAAACUUUGAAGAUUAAUGGAUUACUUUGUUAAUGACUGCAGGCGUCAGAGUGAGGUGCUUAAAUGAUUUGUGAGGUGCGAGGCGUCUUCCCGACAGUCCCAAACAAUGCGCGGAGUGUGCGGGGGAGGCAGAGGGCGGCCGCGGGAGGGACCGGCAGCCGGGCUCACACUCGCACACUCCCAGGCGCACACACUAGGUCCUCGCUGAUUAGGAGGCAGGCAGGCACCCUGGACCCGGGCACUCCUGGGCAUUUCCUCCCACACCCACAUAUAUGUAUUUUUGCCAUGAAAAAAGUGUAAAUAAAGCCUUGCUGGCCCCCAAUGAGGCGUUCCUUCCCGACUUUUUUGGAUCAAUCAAACAGACAGUGGCUUCUUUUGAUUAAAGCCCAAAUUGUCAUUGGGCAGAAGCAAUCAUGUGACAGCCAAUUCGGUCCAAUUUCAACCUUGUCUCCAUGAAUUCAAUAGUUUAAUAGUAGCGCGGUCCCCAUACGGCUGUAAUCAGUGAAUUAGAAAAAAAACACCCCAGCAGCGAUCUUCUAUGAUAGAUUUUUUUUUUCCUCCUCGCUCGCCUUUUUCCUGGGCCUUGCCCCCCCAAAGCCCCUCCAAAAGAGGGAACUUUUUCUCCGAGGGGGCUCCAAGGAGAAGGCCAUGAAUUACGAAUUUGAGCGAGAGAUUGGUUUUAUCAAUAGCCAGCCGUCGCUCGCUGAGUGCCUGACAUCUUUUCCCCCUGUCGCUGAUACAUUUCAAAGUUCAUCAAUCAAGACCUCGACGCUUUCACACUCGACACUGAUUCCUCCUCCUUUUGAGCAGACCAUUCCCAGCCUGAACCCGGGCAGUCACCCUCGCCACGGCGCUGGCGGCCGCCCCAAGCCGAGCCCCGCGGGCAGUCGCGGCAGCCCAGUGCCCGCCGGCGCCCUGCAGCCGCCCGAGUACCCCUGGAUGAAGGAGAAGAAGGCGGCCAAGAAAACCGCUCUGCCGCCCGCCGCCGCCGCCGCUGCCACCGGCCCAGCCUGCCUCAGCCACAAAGAAUCCCUGGAAAUCGCCGAUGGCAGCGGUGGGGGAUCGCGGCGCCUGAGAACUGCUUACACUAACACGCAGCUUUUAGAGCUGGAAAAGGAAUUCCAUUUCAACAAGUACCUUUGCAGACCCCGGAGGGUGGAGAUCGCAGCGUUGCUGGAUUUGACUGAGAGACAAGUGAAAGUGUGGUUUCAGAACCGGAGGAUGAAGCACAAGAGGCAGACCCAGUGCAAGGAGAACCAAAACAGCGACGGGAAAUUUAAAAGCCUUGAGGACUCGGAGAAAGUGGAGGAGGACGAGGAAGAGAAGUCGCUCUUUGAGCAAGCCCUCAGCGUCUCUGGGGCCCUUCUGGAGAGGGAAGGUUACACUUUUCAGCAAAAUGCCCUCUCCCAGCAGCAGGCUCCCAAUGGACACAAUGGCGACUCCCAAAGUUUCCCAGUUUCGCCUUUAACCAGCAAUGAGAAAAAUCUGAAACAUUUUCAGCACCAGUCACCCACUGUUCCUAACUGCUUGUCAACAAUGGGCCAGAACUGUGGAGCUGGCCUAAACAAUGACAGUCCCGAGGCCCUCGAGGUCCCUUCUUUGCAGGACUUUAACGUUUUCUCCACAGAUUCCUGCCUGCAGCUUUCAGAUGCAGUCUCGCCCAGUUUGCCAGGUUCCCUCGACAGUCCUGUAGAUAUUUCAGCUGACAGCUUUGACUUUUUUACAGACACACUCACCACAAUCGACUUGCAGCAUCUGAAUUACUAAAAACAUUAAAGCAAAACAAAGCAUCACAAAACAAAAGCCCCUUUGACCAGGUGGUUUUGCCUUCUUUUAUUCCAGGAGUUGGUUUUUAUUUUUUACCUCCCCCUGCUCCUUUAAAUGGUGAGGAUUUUCUGUUCAUUGAUUUCUCCUCAGUUUCAGAGCCAUUUCUUACAGAUUGUGUUGGAAUUUUUGUUGUUUUAAACCUAAUCCAACAACCUUCUAUGUGAUUUUCUUGAAAGCAAUAUAUGAGGCCUGCAAGAAAGUGAUCAUAAAUUGUAACAUCACUUUCUUUUUAUUUUUGUAUUACAUUAGGAUGCAUUGUCAUGCGUAUUUUUGGUAGAAUAAAUUCUCCUUUGCUAUAAGUAGCUUUCUUAUUUUUUUCUCCCCCUCCUUCUCAAGGCUCUUAAUGGUUUCUUUUUCUUCUUUUAGUCUAAUUCGAUAAAUAAAAUUCUGGUCACAAUUUAUCUUCUUUUUCAAUUUUAAUAUAUUUGUUAAGGUGGCACGUUUAAAGUCUUCAAUAGACAGCAACAAAGAAGAAAGCCAGAAAAUGGCUAGGGCUUUUGAUCAGUGGUUUUUGUUUUUUGGCUUUUGUUUUUAUUUUUGAAGGAAAUAGAUUUUGUUUUUUCACGUAGAGGCUCAAGCCAUAGAUUUAAAUUAGUAAUAGAAACAGGAUUGGGCAGCCUAAGAGUUGGGCCAAGCCCAAGCGUUUGAAAGUGGAG